UGGCCAAGGUGCGCUCACUGCGCUGACAGCGGAGAGGAAGCUUCGUCUUUUCCUUCAUUUAUUUCCUGAAAAAAAUAUGUCGCUUAGCCGGGAAAGCGUUGUGUCAGUGCUUCUGUCCGAGGGGGGUCGUGUUAGCAAAUCCAAGCUACUGGCAAGAUUUCAAGAUUUGCUUGGGUGUGACGACCGCGACGAGAAGGCUCACAAGAGGGAACUCUUCAAGAGUCUCGUCAACAGCGUCGCCUACGUCAGGCGAGAGGACGACGGCCUCCCGUACGUGCUGCUCAAGAAGGCCUACCGCACAGGGACACCGCAGGAGGAGGAACAGCCUGAGAACGUGAGUUUUGCUGGACGGGUAAGGAGAGAGAGCUUGCAGACGUGUGAACAGCGUCCAUCUGAGAGUCCGAGCUGUUUUGGACAAGAGCAACCGGAGACUGUUGUGAACCCAAUGAGACAUUCUGGACAGGAACUGCAUCUGCAGACAGGUGAACAGGAGCAGGGUCGACUUGAGCCUGUGGUUAACACAAAAAUACUUUCUGAACAGGCGUUAUGUCUACAGACAGGUGAGCAUGAACAGGAUCCAGCUGAGACUAUUGCGAACACAAAGAUACAUGCUGGACGGGAACAGUUUUGUGAGCCGCAGCACUCUAUACCUGAGACUGUUGGGAACUCAAAGAGACAUGCUGGACAGGAACAGGAAGAGGAAGAGAGCUUGAAUAAGACUGGAGUAGACUUAAGGACGCGUGCUGAACUGGAACAGGAACACCAUCUUUACACAGGUGAUCUGGAGCAUGGAGAUGAACAUAAGGAGCAGGACUCCACGAGUGGUGCCGAAGAGAAUGAAGUGAGCCUGGUGACAGGUGACCUGGGAAACGGUCCACCUGAGACUGUGGGGGUCUCACAGAGCCGAGCCGAACAAGAACCCACAGAACAUCUCUCUCCCUUGGAACAAGCCUUGCAGAGGAGCAUAUGUUCCAAUAUGAGAAUCACGCAGACACUGAAUGUGGAGGUGACUCCCAAACCGUAUGCUUUGCCCUUGAGGAUGCCCCCCACAAAUAGGAUUGAGGUCCGCAAACUGCACGUGGACCCGGAUGAACCCCCCAAAGCAGAUCUCUUUCGGAGCAAGGUGAAGACCUCUGUUGCCAAGGUGUCCGACGAGUCCAGAAUUCCCUCAGCGGUGCCUCUGGAGCCUUCCGAGCACGAAUGGUUGGUCAAGUGCGCAUCGGGCCAGUGGAGUCAGGUUUACGGACUCCUCUUGAGGGACUGCCAGCUGGCCGAGAAGCGGGACUUCAUGUCUGGGUUCACUGCCUUGCACUGGGUGGCCAAGUGUGGAAACAGCGACAUGCUGGUGAAGAUCCUGGACACGUCCCGACAGGGCGGCGUGGGCGUGGACAUCAACGCCAGAACCCACGGCGGCUACACGCCCUUACACUUGGCCGCCUUGCACCAGCAGGACUACGUAGUGGCCAUGCUGGUGGGUGAGUACGGCGCAGAUGUGACCGUCCGGGACAACAGUGGCAAAAGGGCAUACCACUACCUGCACCGGGACGCUGCGCACAGCGUCAGGGAGAUGCUCGGAAAACCCAAAUUCCAGCAUACUACUGAGAGGCUGUAUGACGAUGAGCUCUUCCCAGAGCUGUCGAAGGGUCUGCAUUCCAUAAGUCGCCUUUUCCAGCCGCACUUGUCAGCCCAACGGCGGAAGCACAAGCAAAGGCCCGCCUUCUACUCAUUUCGGGAUGAGCCCCAGGACCAAAGACACGGCGCCGCCUUCAGACAACGACUCGCUUCGGACGCUUUUGCAUAAUUAGCUCUAGCAGACAUAGAGAAAGUAAAUACAUGAAAUAGAGUUUCCGCACUGAGGCCAAAGCCCAUUCGGAUAUACAAAUACUGCUUUGGUGCCAUCUUGUGACAUGUCUGUGCAAAGGAACUAUGUUGAACUGAAAUUAUGUGGGAAAGCUUAGCCGCUGCAAACCCUAUUAUUCAACUAAUCAUUCCAUGCGACUAAGCACAUUUUUUAAUGUACAGUGCAAAUGUUGUUGCAGUAGAUGUCAUCAACUAACACAACCAAUCAUUUCUUUAUUCUUCUCAAACCAGGAACUGCUCUGCCAACACUUUUCUUUUUUUGUACUUUAAUGACUGCAGAGGUAUGCGCAUGUUACAUGUGAACGUGAUUCCGAGGCGAUUCGCAUGGUUCUCCACAAGGUGAUUUAUAAUUACCGGUACUCCCUUUCUUGAAUUGGGAUUGUUCUGCCAAUAUAAUGGUGCCUAGGUUCCUUUGUUUUAUAUUUUUAUUAAAGGGUUGUUGGGAUUGAUGGCCCCUGAUCAAAAUUAAAUCAUGUCAUUUCCAAAUUUUA